AUGGAACAGAAAUGCAUUGAUGAUCCAUUAUUUGCCCGGUCCAUCCAUGCUGCAGCGGACUACUUGAUCAAGAAUCGCAUCAAUGGCGACUGCAAGUACCGCGGCUUCUUCGGGGAUCCACAGGAACCCCCAACAUCCAAACAGAGCUAUAUCACCAGGUUCCAGGGAAAGCUGGACGACGGCGAUAAGAAGGCAGGCUACUGGAAAGAAAAAGAGGCCAAAGCGAUCCGUGAUCCGUCUGCCUCGGGAGAUAUCUUAGGUCUGUGGAGGACGCUGGAGUACAUGAAAUGCGGUAAGAGGACGCACUGGCUCGCCGACGAAUAUGUUGCGCUCAAGCCGUGCGGUGAAGGUGCCAUGCAGAUCCGGGAGGAUAUUGCGGUUCGAAGAGUGUACGAAGAGGGCAAAGAGGCAGCGCCACCGUCGAAGUGCUCCAAAUCCGGUGCUCACAACAGCGGGGAGUCGUAUAUUUGGCAGCACAUGACAAGAGUUUAUGUCAAAGGUGAGGCCGGGUCAGCAGCGGCUCCUUCCUUGCUUUAUGGGAUUUGCCACGAGUGCGAUAAGGCCCUAAGGUGUCCUGCCUAUUUUGGCAACGGGAACAUGAACAAACACCUAGCACGCGUCCACGACAUUCAUCCACCCUGCAAAACCCAAUGUGUGAAGACUGAAGGAAAAGGAGUAGGUAGGAGUGCUGUCAGAGUUUGAGUCCGAGCCUUUAGGCCGCAGUGUGUGUGGGUUUGCUCAUCAACUCACUCUGGUUUACUUCGGGAACCGGAUCAGCCAUGUAAGAGUAGCGCUAAUAGUUGCGCCCGCUGCCGACGGAAGA